AUGCACCUCCUCUUCGGCGCCGGUAGUCGCUCCUACCGCCACCCGUCAACGCCGCGAUCCCGCCGCCAUCCCACGACUCCGCGCGUGCUUCACGCGCCCCCGCAACAGCGACCCUUCGCCGCCACGGUCAUGCUCGUGGCGCUCGCGCUGCUCGCGGCGUGCGUCGCGCUGCGGCCCGACCAGAUGCUGAGAAGAUUCACGAACCGCGGUUGCCCCGCUGCGUCCAGCCUGGCCGAAUACGACCUCGUUCUGAUCGCCGAGGGCAGCAUGGCAGCGCGGGUGGUGGCGUUGUGCGGAAUGGAGGCGCUGGCAGUGGCGGCGGGGUUCUCGCUCAAGGUGCUCUGGCUCACAGACGCGCCCGUGCACGCCGCUCCCUUCCCCUCGCUCUUCUCCCUCCCCGCCCACCCCAAGAUCUCCAAACCCGACCUUCGGUGGGCAGUGGAAGACGUAUCGCCCGAGUGUGUGGCAGGGCCGCUGCUGCAGUCGCCACCACACGGCUUCAGAUACAAAGCAGUGUCAGUGGGGGACUGUGGGGCGGCGACAGGAGUGGGAGGCAGUGCAGCAAGCGGGGUGUUCCGCAUGCCGGCGGACGACCCGUGUUGGAUGGCGGACGAGUUGGCAGCAUGUCUGCACUCGCUGCAUCCCUCACCAGCCGUGGCACGCCUGCUAGCAGCAGAGGACAUUCCACGUGUGCGCCGCUCCACUGCGGCUUUCCUCGAGGACACCCCUCUGGACACCUGCACCGGCUGCCCCGCCAACAUAUCUCAGAUCAUCCUGCCCUUCUGCGAGGUUUGCAACACGCGCCGCUUCUCCCACUCCCUCGCCGCCUGCACGGCCCGCCGCCUCGCCUACGACUUCCUGCGGGACCCGUCCCUCGACUUCACCAUUGCAUCUGCUCUGCCCUCCGCUGCUGCCGCCGCGGUGACGGAGUUCCUAGCGCUAUCACACGCGCCCGCGUUCUUCUCAUCAGUGCCGCUGUCCCCAGAGGCGGAGCUCAUCACAGGGCUCGCCACCGCCCUGCGCGGGGCAGCCGGCCCGCCCUUCCGCCAGGCGCCCGUGUGCACGUCCCCCAAGCUCUUCCCCCUCGCCAGCCUGCGCUUCGCCUACCAGAUGAUCGUCGAUGGUGCGACACCGGGAUGGGGGUUAGGGGGAAGGAGGGGUGGACUUUUGAGACGUCUCGAAAGUCUUACCAGAUGA